AUGCCUCGAGUAAGCCAAUCGAAGGACAUGUUCACCGUCCUUGAGGACCCCGUCGAAGCAUGCGUCUCUCCGUUGUCAUUCGCUUCAGAGCACUCGGACACGCAUACCGACGCCACAUUCGAGUCCACCAUACUGGGAGAGCUCGACGUCAGUCAGGCUCAGAACAAGCAGACGCCCGGUGCAGCUAGAAGUAACACUGCCGACUCAUUGGUCUAUCGCCUGGACCAUUUCCAUAUCACCAGUCCACAGAAGACGGAGUUUUGCGCCAUCCGCGCUGUUGCGAAGCGACCUCAGUUGGAAGAGUACACGUUCGUACCUCCCCAUCUGAAGGCCGAGACGGAUUGCAUUGUACAGUGUGAAGGUCCCGAUACUGGUGCUUCCUCUCAUACAGUUGAUACAGAUUCCGUCCUCGAGGGUAAACUUACACGACCUCUAACGCCAACGACUCGGUCGCUUGUCCACUCGGUGCCGUGGGCCAAGCAUCAGGCGGGCGAAUUCGAAUAUAUUCUUUCGGUGCCCGCAUCAUCAUCCACUGCUGAGAAAUACUAUCGGGACAGUGGCAAGACUCCAGGCUCAUACAACACAGUUGACGCCAACGAAACCGAGAAACUCUACUUUGGAUGCAACUUACUAGAGACCAAGCUAGGCGCAGAGGUUGAUGAUUCUAGCGAAGCUGUCUCGGACAUAUCCUACAAACCUCCGGUUUUUACACUUCUCGCGACGCCCAUCAGGAACCCAACACAAGGUUUAGCCCACACCAUCACGGCCACCACGGACGGAGAGAUGGCUAUCAUGGAUAAUGAUGGUGAUGCUGGCACCGACUCUACGGAAUCUCGCUUUGUCUUGCACAAAUCCGAAGAAGGGGAACCGAUGGAGUCGUUGCCCAAGGACGCACAGAUAUUGAAAGUUUCUAGCGCGCGACCUAUCAUCAUGGCCCGUCCACGAACCGAAAGAAUCGAGGACUCGUUCGAGGCACUGGAUGAGUUCGAAGAGCAGUUGGAGGAGCUAGAUAAGGUCAUACGUGCUGAGCGUGUCCCAUCGCCGGACAAGAUGUUUAACAAGACCUCCCCCGCCCACUCGACAGUCAAACGAACAUCGUCAACGACCACCACUCGCAGAACUAGCACUAUACGCACCACAACCACAGAAGUCUCGCGGUCGGGCUCGGCACGCAGGUCAGAUCGGACUCCUAGCCUUGCUCAAGAUGCUCAAAGCAGGCAUGGGCCGGGUUCAACCCCUUCCAAGAGGAACGUAGCGCGACCUGCCAGCCUGCAACCUCCGAAGCCGCUGGCGAAAUCAUCGAGGCCAACAACGCGGUCAAAUUUUGAACUGCCCGGUGAGGCUGUCGCGCGACGUCUUAAGGAGGAGCGCGAGGCCAGGCUGUUGAGGGCAAGUGCUGCAAAGGCUGCUGUAGAGGAAAGCAGUCCUGCAAGGACUCGCUCGACGAGGGCGCCAACUCGGCCCACAUUUGAGCUUCCGGGUGAGGCCAUCUCUAGGCGCAAAAGGGAGGAGCAUCAAGCGAAGCUGCGGGCCCAGGAGGAGGAGGAACGCAAGAGACGCGAGUUCAAGGCACGCCCAAUCAAAUCGAGCGUUGCUGCACCCAGCAGCUUUCCCCGCGAGACUGCUACUAGCCGGGCUCGCCAGAGCAGCAAGGUUGUCAGCAAAUCUGAGAGCUCAGCCAGCCCUGUCAGAAAGCGGCUUACUAUUGCCGGGGGCUCCAGCCCCUCGCGGCGGACUCUGGGGGGCGGCAGCGGCAGCGAGGCUUCCAGCCUAGAUCAGGCUCGCGGUAGGGACGCGACGUCGCUAGACAGUCGUACCCGGGGCGUCUCGUCUUCUACGGGAAGCACGAGCAUCAGCAAAGGCAGCAGUACCGUGUCGGCGGAAGAGCUGCAAAUGCAACGCCGGCGUGGGCGGGAGAUUUUCAAACGUGAUAACAACUUUUCGGUCGAUCGCGGCGCCGAACAGCGCGAGCGAGAGAACAUGGCAAAGCUGGCCCGGCAGGAGGCGGCAGAGCGGUCCCGCCAGCUCAGUAGGGAGUGGGCUCAGCGUCGACAGAGCAAGCGCAUCUCUAACAUGAUGCAGUCUGCACCUACCAUCCCGGAUGCCAGUGUAAACGACAUUGCAGUCCGGUGA